AUGUACAAGCUACAAGUGGUCUUGGUGCCUCCGAGUCUUCAGGCGACGAUGCCAAUACAGUUUGGCUACGGACCAACCAUCGCCGAAUCUUCUCAAUUGUUGCCAAACAGAACUAAUAUGGCGCAAAGCGCCGGAGAUGCCUCUUUGCAGUAUGCUAAUCUGAGAUCUGCCAAUGUGAGUUUCACGCCAAGCUAUUUCAACCAGUCUAGGUUUAGGAAGUUUCUUUUGUUUACCAAGCCGACAAACACGCUGUUGAACUUGAGUGAUGAAAUCAUCGAUAAGUGUGAAAAAAUGUACCCGAGUUUGCAAGAAGACAUUGAAAUUUUGAGUUUGCAAGAUAACAGCGGUUGUGACCUUGAUCCGGAUUUUUUGGUAAAGGACGUUUUCAAUGUAAAUAAUAUCGUAAGAGUUAUAUUGAAGAAUGAGAUAGAUCUGGACGAUUCCGCACCAGUGUCACUUUAUAAGUCGGUAAAACGAUCCAAGUUGAACAACGGGUCGCCCCAGUCGGUGCAGCCGCAACAACAAAUCCCGUCCUCUUCAGGUGUUCUUCGGAUUGCCAAGAAGAGGCCACCUACAGGAACCACGACAACAACAACCAUUCGUAGUGCCACUAAUGGAUCCAUGAGGGUUUCUACCCCAUUGGCUAGGCAAAUUUAUCCUCCACCUUCUUCGAAGAUCGUCUCCAACAACUCAGAUGACGAAGACGAAGACAUUGGUGAAAGAUCCUUUUUGCCGCCUCCAACGCAGCCUCAGUCACCUCCCAUAAGAAUUAGUUCGGGCAUUGACGCAGGUAAAAAAAUAAAAUCAAGCAUCGUCGAGGAAGAUAUCGUGUCCAGAUCAGCAACCGUGGAUCCAGAUAAAACAAAGCAGCAACGUCUAUUGUCCGGAACUCCUAUAAUGUCCACCAUGACUCCAAACAGAGUUACUCUUACCGGUCAGAGAGUGGUUUCUGAACACGCACAUAAAAACGAAUUGGUUUUCUCUGCUUCAGCUUCUUCCUCUUCAUUUGCUAAUGGUGGCACAGCUGCUGUCACUGCUCAGGACAUUAAUAGGAAACCACCCGUAACCACUCCAAGAAUAACAUCAGGAAUGUUGAAAAUCCCCGAGCCAAGAAUCUCAGAGAUUGAAAAAGAGUUAAAAGAGGGACCUUCCAGUCCGGCCUCCAUUUUACCCGCUAAAGCUGCAAAGAUUCCAAUGAAAAAACCUUACUUGGAAAAUGGCGAGAACUACGAAUCCGACGAUAGCUCAAGUAGCGAAAACCAAGAAACUCCUGAAACAGAACCACAUUCAAAGGCUUCCUUGCAACGUAGUCAAAGCUCCAUCGCAGAUAAUAAUGGCUCUCCGGUGAAAAAUAGUCCUCUCGGUGAUGCCAUGCCACACAAUGUGCAUUUAGCAGAACUUCCCAAGGCAAGCAAUACCUCGAUCACCAAAUCUUCAAAUGGCGAAUCCUGGGGAAAGCAACAAGAACAUCAACCACCAAGAAAGAGUUCACUGGAAACUAUAGUGGAAAAGAAAUCUCAGGCGGAACCUUCCGGUAUUGUGGAACCGAAAAGAAUGACUAAUUUCCUAGAUGAUAAUCAGGUAAGAGAAAAAGAAGAUACGAAUGAUAAACUUUUAGAAAAGGAAAUUUUGCCGACAAUUCCACAUAAUGAUCAGCCAAUACUUGCAUCAUCUGAUAAGUCUAAUGGGACGUUGAAAUCACUAGCUGGGAAAGUUAGUUCAAACAACAACGCUUCAAAGGAAGAUGGCACUAUCAUUAACGGCACCAUUGAGGACGAUGGCAAUGAUAAUGAUGAAGUUGAUACUACGGUUCGUAUUGUUCCUCAAGAUUCAGAUUCCUCUAGUUUCCCAAAGUCAGAUCUUUUCAAAAUGAUCGAAGGUGAUGAUACAGAUCUACCGCAAUGGUUUAAGGGCAAAAAUUCGAGAACUUCCGGUAAUUCCAAAAAUUCAAAGCCUUACACAACGGUUUUGAAUAAAGACAUAGACAAUUCUAAGCCAGAUCCAAGAAAUAUUUUGCCCCAGCGAACCCCAAGAAGUGCGGCUAAGAGGGCUGCCCAAUUAUUGGCAGGUGCCAAGAAAAACGAAGUCCCACAGAAAAGUACUGAAGAUUCUAGUUCGGCAGCGUCCACAGACGAUGAGUCAGAGAGUGGGAUUGAAACAGAUUUCUCAUCAGACGAUGAUUUUAAAAGGAAAAAUAUGUCGGUGCCUAAUAAUGGGCCCAAAGACAUUUCUUUACAUUCUUUGAAAGGCAGUGUUGUUCCAGUGAAAGACUCAAAGAUAAUCAAUAAAGAAGUUGAUGAAGAAAGAAACGACAAAAGAGAUAGUCAAAAAAAGUCAGCCGUGAGUGAAUCUUCAGUAACAAAUAGCAAAAUAAGUGAACAAAUGGCGAAAAGCUUUUAUCCGAAUUCAAACAAGAAGCAAAAUGAAGCUACAAAGGUGGAAACUAAGCCAGCAACACAAGCAUCGUCUUUUCCUGUUGUUGGUGGGUCUCCUUCUGUUGCUACUAAAGGAACUACCUCUUUCAAUGAAGAAGGAAAUCGUAAAAAUGUUAAAACGAAGGCCAAGAAUGAGUCUGCGCAGAUUGAUAGGCAGCAGAAGGAAACAACUUCUAGGGUUGCAGAUUUGAAAAGCGCAAACAUAGGAGGUGAAGACUUGAACAAGAAAGCAGAGGGGUCCAAGGAACCAGAAAAAGCAUCUGCCAAUAUACAGGAUGCUAACGAUAAAAAUAACUCGAAGGAAAAAGAAGACUCCAAAAGCAAACAGGUAUCUCAGAAAAAGUUAAAAAUGACAGAUCACUUAAAAGAAGGCAAUGUUCAGCUUCCUAAGCCCAGUGCAAAUGAUAAAUUGAAGGAUUUGAAGGCUAAAUUUACUAAUAGUAAAACACUCGUGCCACCUGGAAUAAUUUCUAAUGAAAAAAAUAAUUCUAGUGCAAACGAUGAUGAUUCUAGCUCCUCAGGUUCUUCCACAGAAGACGAGUCUAGUUCAUCUUCCUCGUCUUCUGAUGAGGAAACUUCAACAUCCAGGAAGGCUAGAAGAGUUGUUGUAAAUACACCAAGAGAACCAGUUAGAUCUUCAUCUAAGAUUGAAGCCCCCUCUCCAUCUGUUAACAAAAAAAUCAAUGCCACCCCUGAUAAAAUUCCAGUUACACAGCUAAUGGACAUGUCGUCUCCUCCGUCAGUUAAAUCCAAGACCACCUCAAAUCCGUCUAGUAUACUUCAUGACCUUCCAAGAAAAGUUCGUCCUUCUUUGAGUUCAUUAUCUGAUCUUGUUUCAAGAGGCAUCCCAGAUGUAAAGGAAAAAACUUCUAAAUCGAAUGAGAAGUCACAAACAAAAGCCCCUUCAAGUAGUGAUGAUGAAUCUAGCUCUGAUUCUGACUCUAACUCCAGUUCGGACUCCGUAUCGGAUUCCAGUUCAGAUUCUAAAUCUGAGUCAGAUUCUGAUGACUCAGGGGAUUCAUCUGAUGAUGGAAAAAGUUUUAUUAGUGCGAAAUCCGCUAGUGCUGCUUUAGGUAAGAAGAAGAAGCCAAGUGGUGGAUUUGCAUCAUUAAUAAAAGAUUUCAAGAAAAAAUGA